CGGGCCGUUCUGUGACUCUGUGAUUCUGCCCAGGUUCUGCUGAAUGGCAGCUCGGCGGCUCCUCCAUCCAUCAGCAGAUUUGCAAUCUAGGAUGCAAGAAGCUCCUUCUGGGCAGGGAAUGUGGGACACUCCUAACGCCCUCCACCGCAUCCCCAUCCCCUCACAUCCACAGAAAGAUCCAUAGAUGGAUCCAGGACUUGACCACCCCCUGAUAGACUUAUCCAGUGCUGGAGCACAUGGCGCUGGCAGCCCCAUUCUGCCUGAAUUGAUGGCAUUGCUUUCUCCCCUAUCCCUGUAAAAGGACUCUGCUGCAGUUCUCUUGUUAGAAUACGAACAAAAAUCACAUUGCUGCUCAGUUCACAAAAUCCGCAGUGCGCUGUGGUGUCAGCAGCUAGGAGUCAUCCACAGGAGAACAGAACAGCUUCUCUCCGUGGGUGCUGCUCCCCCACUUGUGAGGGCCAGCAGAGCCCUGAACCCAUUCGAAAAUCUCGUUAUUGGGAGGACUAACGAAUGUCAGGCACAGACGUUCAUCCCACGGGAUGAGAAGAAUGACAUGAGCUGAGUCCGGGCUGCUGCAAUUAGUCACAGACGUCAGUGUAAUGGGGUGGCUGAGUAAGAAUGCCUGUAAGAAUGGAGGACUUCUGUGGAAUUCCUAAAGAUACAAAAUCUUCACUGUACCCCAGGAAAAGUGCUGGAGGAAGAAGUGUCCGGCCAGUCCUUGGGCCCUGGCUGCUGCGGAAGCUGUUGGGUAGAAACGCCAACUCCAUCACCCAUGUAUUUCACCUUGUGUCCUCUUCCUAUUCCCUGCAGGGACAUCGUGCUGGCAUCACACCUGAGGCCUCUAGAGAAGAAGGACAAGAUGGGGAACAAGAGAAACGUGCUCUGGAACCCCUGUGCAGGCCACACGAGGGGCCAGCAAGUCACCGAGGUGGAGAUACCGCAGGAGCUGGAGCAAUUGCCUGGAACCUCUGCCGAAUUUUACAGAGAUUGGCGCAGGUGCUUAAAAAGUGGAAAAGAAAAAUACCAGCUGUUGCUUAAACUGGAGGGGAAGGCCUUGAGCAGAAUCUUUCAGGCCGAGUUGGGUUUUGGCCUCCUGGGUGAGUUCCUUACCGUGCUGGCAGAGAACGUCUGCCAUGAAGACAGAGAUGCUGUCCUUCAGAUCUUACAGAGCCUUUCUGGCACCAAACGCUUUGGGUUAAACCUGGAUCUUCUGAGCACGUCAGAAAAAGAGAGCACCAGGGAUCUGUUUAGGAAGCUGCAGAGCAUGAGUGGGGGUUAUUGGACCCCUGGCCAUCCCUGUGGCAAAGCAGAGGGGGAAGCCCACCCCACCGACACCGUCUUGCAGAAGGAAGCCGAGGAAAGGAGAGUGAUAGAGCUGAUGAGAUGCUACCAGGCCAGCUGAAGGAGCAGCGGUGGUUCUGCCAAAUAAAGGUUAGGAACAGA